UUAACAUUUUUCAGGUGUAUUGAUUGUAAUGAAAACCUAGCUAAAUAUACCUGUCCAAGGUGCAUGAUUAAAACAUGUAGUUUGAUGUGUGUUAAAAAACAUAAACUAGAGAAAGAUUGUAAUGGUGUAAGAGAUAAAACAGCCUAUAUAUCUAUUAAUAAAUUCUCAGAAACAGAUCUACUAAGUGAUUAUAGAUUAUUAGAAGAUACAGCCAGGAAAGUGAGUAAUGCUAACAGAGAUGAUUUAAGAUUAAGAAAAGAUCGACCACAUCCAGUAAAUCAGUUAAUAAAGAUGGCUAGGGAAAGACAAACAGAUUUAAAAGUUUUACCUUAUCCAAUGUCAAGACGGAAAACCAAUUCAACUAGAUAUUUAUUUAGAGAUAAGGAAAUAUCAUGGAAAGUGGAUCUUAUUUUUCCUCAAGCUAAUGUCAGUUAUACAGAAACAAGAGUAAAUGAGAAGAGAACAAUAGAAGAGAUAUUAAUAAAAUAUAUAUCACAGACUGAAUCAGACCCUGUUAUAAGACAAAAACUAAAACAAUAUGUUAACAGUAACUCUGAUGAUUAUAAGAUAUUUUUACUGGUAGAAAAUAGACCUACUAAUGAUACCAGGUAUUGUGAAUUGGAUAAAGAGAAGUCAAUAAAAGAUAAUUUAUGUGGUAAAACUAUAGUAGAGAAUCCUAGUUUAUAUAUUGUACUGAAAGAUGAAUGGUCAGAAUACCCUUUAUUAUCACACGGUAAUAUUUAUGCAUUUAUAUCUAUAUACAGAGCAAUUACCAUUCCACUGAACUAA